AUGGACAACCUGACAUUCAGACAAAACAUUCUCCUACUGGAAGGACUCAACGUUGCACAUCAGUCCUCCUAUUUUGCUUUCACGCUGCUUCUCUUCGCUUAUGUCUUUGCAAUGGUAUCAAACAUUGGACUUAUAUUUCUGAUCUCAACAGAGAAGAAUCUGCAUGAACCAAUGCAUUUUCUAUAUUGUAACUUGCCACUGAAUGAUAUAAUAGGGACCACUGUCAUUUUGCCACGAUUACUAAAGGAUAUUUUAAGGGAAACCUCUGAGCGCUAUAUCACAUAUGUGGAGUGUGUUAUUCAGGUUUAUUUUGUGCAUGUAUUUACAGCAGCAUGUCACUAUGUGCUGAUGAUCAUGGCCCUUGACAGAUAUGUGGCUAUAUGCAAUCCACUGCGAUACACAGCUAUAAUGACCAAUAAAACAGUAAUUAAACUAUCAGCAUCAGCCUGGGGGCUGGCAGUACUUGGGCAGUAA